GAGCGUGUGACUUCAUUCAUUUUCAGCGUGCGAGUACGACGUCGUGUUCCGGGGUACUUUAUAACACCAGUAGGCUACUCAGACGUAUGGCACACUGAGACUAGAGACGACUUCCUCGGUCAAGUGGAUGUGCCACUUAGUCACCUUCCGACUGAAGACCCAACCAUGGAAAGGCCAUACACGUUUAAGGAUUUCCUUCUCAGACCAAGAAGCCACAAAUCUCGUGUAAAGGGUUUCUUGAGACUGAAGAUGGCUUAUAUGCCUAAAAAUGGUGGCCAAGAGGAAGAAAACAAUGAUCAAAGGGAUGAAUCUGAGCAUGGAUGGGAUGUAGUUGAUUCUAAUGACUCCGCAUCUCAACGUCAGGAGGAGUUACCACCUCCUCCACUGCCUCCUGGAUGGGAGGAAAAGGUGGACAACCUGGGGCGAACCUACUAUGUCAACCAUAACAACAGGACUACUCAGUGGCAUCGACCAAGUUUAAUUGAUGUGGGAUCUGAUUCAGAUAACAAUAUCAGACAAAUAAACCAAGAAGCAGCCCAUAGGCGGUUCCGCUCUCGGAGACAUAUUAGUGAGGAUUUGGAACCAGAACCUACAGAGGGUGGAGACAUUCCUGAGCCAUGGGAAACCAUUUCAGAGGAGGCAAGUGCAAGUGGAGAUUCCUUGAGCUUGUCAUUGCCACCUCCUCCUGCGUCUCCAGUAUCCCGUACCAGUCCUCAGGAGCUAUCUGAGGAACUGAGCAGAAGACUUCAGGUCACUCCUGAUUCCAAUGGGGAACAACUCAGUUCUUUGAUU